GGUUGCUGUGGUCUCCACUCAACUGGACAUUCCCGAAGAGUCCCGGGAUGGCGGCGCUGUAGAGGAGUUGGAAGGCCCAAUGAAAACUGUAUCCUUGACAGCGGCGCCCACGGACGUAUCGCCGUCGUCUGGAAAGAAGUCAUUCCGUCCUCUCUUCCUGAACACGAACACACCAUGGUCUGCGUUCAUCUGCGGAUCUCAAGGAAGUGGCAAGAGUCACACUUUGGGCUGCAUGCUUGAAGGCUGCCUCAGCAACAAUUCAAAGAUCGGAAAGUUGCCUCAUCCAUUAGCCGGGAUGGUGUUUCAUUACAACAAAUCAGCUGGCGCACCAUGCGAGGCGGCCGGGGUUCAUUCCGGGGAGAUCCAAACCACGGUGUUGUGCUCCCCUACCAAUCUAGCGGCGAUGAGGGGCUUAUACCAAGCUCAACCUGGGGCCAGUGCUCACUUGACCGUUGAGCCUCUGUACCUCGAGUCAAGCCACCUAAAUAUCGAGCGCAUGUGGCGGCUGAUGGCGUUUUCUGAUGCUGAGAAGGACCCACCGUUGUAUAUGCAGACCGUUCGCAAGAUCCUCAGGAGCAUGGCCGAGCGCAUCAAUGCCGGACGAGGAGAAUUCGACUACAAUGAAUUCUCUAGACUUAUCGACGAGGAAGAUUUCGACAACAAACAAAAGGCCCCACUUCGUCUACGUCUAGACAUUCUCGAGAGCUUCAUGGCCCCGAAACCCAAAACGAAGAAGACCGGAGGUCCCAAAAAGGGACAGAGCGUUCCUCAGCCACAGAAGGCCCCGACAGUGGUCACAAAGAACAUCCUUGCAGGCAAACCGGGAGCUUUGAUUGUAAUCGACCUUACCGACCCAUUCCUAGAUACAGAUACUGCAUGCCUGCUCUUUGAGAUCUGUCUCUCGGAGUUCCUCGACAAGACGGACUGCGGCAAGGUGGUCGCUUUGGAUGAAGCCCAUAACUAUAUGUCAGCCAACGCACCUGGCGCUGACAUCUUCACCGAGAAGCUGCUCAAUACCGCCCGCGAGCAGCGUCACAAAGGCGCCCGCAUCAUAGUCGCUACGCAAGAACCAACAAUAUCCCCCAAACUUCUCGAUCUGUGUUCUAUGACGUUCGUCCACCGAUUCACAUCUCCGGCAUGGUUCACUACCAUCAAAGCACAUAUUGGCGGCGCUUCCAUCGCAGCUAUCGGCAGCGAGGGGCAAAGCAAAAUGUUCGAGGAGAUCAUGGGACUCAAGCUUGGAGAGUCUUUACUUUUCUCUCCGACUGCGGCCAUUGGGGUCGAGGGUGAUGAGAUCGAGACCAUGAAGGUAGGUCGUGUGAAGUUCAAGACGAGGCCCAGGAUCAGCCAUGAUGCAGGAGCAAGUGUCUUGGCUAGCAACGCUCCGUAAUACUGAAGCUCGACCUGAACUGUGCUUGGAUGACUUGGCCAUCUAUCACAUGGAUGCCGGCGGUGUCAUUAGUGUAUUUGAAUCUGGAUCAGCUUUGGGCAGAAAGCUUGCGAGUAUGCCCCUUCCCUAAUUGGUUUAAGGCCCCA